AUGAACUUCAAGAACUUAAGGGAGUACCUGUCAUGGCUGUACUACCAGUACCUGCUCAUCACUGGCAUCUAUGUCCUGGAGCCCUGGGAGAAGUCCAUCUUCAACUCCAUCCUCUUUUCCGCCAUCGCCAUGGUGAUCUACACCUCGUAUGUCUUUGUGCCCAUCCACGUGCGCCUCGCACUGGAGUUUUUCUCUAAGAUCAUCGGCAGCCAGCCUGAGAGCACCGUGGCACUCAUGAACUAA